AUGUCUUCAUCCCAGCACGCACAAGCAGCUGCGCCAGUGGUCCCAGUCGAUUCCCUUGCCCUGCCUCUACCGCCGCUGAGCCUCGUAUUCUCGACGUCUGCUGCGCCCGACGGUAAUGGCUUCAAUUUGUCGAGGUAUAAUCGAGAGGGAACUGCUUUCGAUGCCAAAAAGGCCGUCAUCGGAAAGGGAGGGUUCGGCACAGUGUACAGGUUCGAGCGAGACGACGAAUUCUUCGCAGCCCAGCUAGAGGAGCGCCAGCGGCGAGAAGAGUCAUCAGAUCGCAGUGCUUACGCCACGCGAGAUGAUGCUGCAAGCUUUGCUACUGCCUCGCCAGCCUCCAUCGCCACUACGCUGCCCGACGAGAUGCAGGUAGACAAUACUUUCCACCCUUUGACGUCUGCGCUGCAAGCGAAGGCAAACAGGGCAGCAAGCAACCCUUCAAGUGCCACAAAGGGCUCGCUCAGACCACAUAUGCCCCCGACGCAGAGAUACGCUUCGGCGAACGCGGCUCCAUCUUUGUCGAGAACAAUAUCGGCAAGCCCCCAGAAACCGGCUGGUCCAGCAGUGAUCGUCGUAAAAGUCUGCCGCUCUCCCUGCGGAGGCGCUUUCGAUGAAAUGCCCAAGACAGGAGCUGCAAGGGCAGCGGCGAAGGCAGCGGAUGCGGCACUGAAGAACGGCGACGCGAGCGGAUUUCACACCCGCAUCUGCAGAGGUGAAGCUCGUAUCUUCAGAUUUCUCCAGACCAUCGCCAAGCGUAGCGGCAAGUCCUACUCCAAACUUGGGGUAACACGUCUACUAGCAGACCUCCCUCUCUCUGUCAAUCCUCAUGAUGGCACAUCCUUCGUCGAUGAAGCUAAUGGCGCGCUUUCUGCGCAGAUGGAGGAGCAGACCGGACCGGUACCAAGGCUGUUGGUAUUUGAGAGGAUGGUCGAGCUGGACGCAGUGCUGACACCGAAAGGUUGGGUCAAGCGCAAGAGGCAGUGGACAUAUGCCGAGGUGGAAGCUGUCAGCAGAGACAUGAGCCACGGUCUGGCUUUCUUGCAUGCCAAUCACAUCGUACACGGUGAUCUAAAGCCGUCAAACGUAAUGCUCGACUCUAAGACCGGAGUCGCCAAGCUCAUCGAUCUGGGAGCCAGCAGGCGCUUUGUAUGCGUACCAAAUCUAUAUAAGGAAUCGACCUCUGCCGUGGAGGAGCUGGACCAGUUCCUUGCAGAGGGCACUGUGCCACCCCAGACGGCUACGAUGGUCCAUACUGAAGGGUUGGGCUCAUUGACCGGAAGCCCAUACUUCAUGGCGCCCGAAGUGCUAUUGCAGGCUGGUCGGUACGUCGAUAGCUCGAACACUUCGCGAAGUAUUCUCCAUGAUUAUGUCAACUGCAAGCAUCUCCUUCCUUUCGGAACAAACUCUACUUACUUCGACAUGGCUUACGAAGACUUCAAGAGGGGCUGGGGAAUCAAGAGUGACAUCUGGAGUUGGGCAUGCUCUGUGCUUGCUCUGCUGCUUCGGACCCUUCCGCUGGAGCAGAAGAAGAGCUCUAGCACAAUAUGUCCUUUCGACUUUUCCUUUGAGGACCCAGAAGAUUCCCUGGAGCCUCGUCACCGGCUACACCGCGGGGAGCGAGCCCUGCCUCGCUUCCACGAAUGGGCCAGACGCUAUCCUCUCAGGAUCGUCAGGAUCACCUCGCAAGCAGCCGUCCUGCCCGUAGAGGCUGUGCACCUGUCAGCGUCCAUGAUCGAAAUGCUGCACAUGUGUCUUGCCCAUAUGGACUCUCGGCCCUCUGCGAGCCUGAUCGCCAAGGCGCUCACAGUGACGACCAGAACAUCUGUGGAAAUGUCCUCAUCGCCCUUGAUGCGAACAGAACGUCAGGAGAAGCGUCGCUCUCUCACGCUCAGCAUUCAUUCUGACUGCGAAAGCAUUGCUUCUCACGCGUACUCCCCUCACAAUGUUGAUCUGCGAGGCUCCAUUGCCUCGGGUCAUCCCUACGGCCACUCAACACCUCGCGCAUCAUACAGCAAUUGCUCGGUACUACAGCCAUACGCUGGUGGCGUCUAUCAAAGGAGCUUCACCUCCGAGAGCUCGCUGGCGGUGCCGGAGCAGUUCCCUUACGUUCGAGAUGGCGUGUCUCCGAUCCCACCCAGUCCAUCGAUGCCAUCCAUGGUGUUGCCUUUUGCCCAAGGGUCACAAGCUUCUGCAGCGCAUAGGUCCGAGCAGACGAGGCCAUUCAUGUCCUCUGCCUCUCCUUCCGCAGCUCAGACUUCCUAUGCUAAGGAUGCAGCCAAUGCUGAGGUCAUGGCUGCUUCACUGGCAGGAGCUUCUCUAUCGGAUGCAGGGCCAGCACUAGACGUCAGGGACUCUCAAAUGUCUUCAAAAGGAUCUCGGCCCACUUCGGCGGGUCAAGAGCACGACAUGAGUUCUGCCGAUCCGCACGAAGGAUCUGUCAACUCUGGCGCUUCCUCCGGCCUCUUCAGUCGCACCAAAGGCAAGUUGACCUCGAUGUUGCGUCCUAGCCAAGAGUCGAGCUUGAUGGAUGUAGAUGCGCACCAUUCCAACUCGAGUGUGGCUGGUUCGGAACACACCUCGACGAGCUGUCUUAUUGAAAAAGGAGGGGCGAAAUCUGAUGGGAGAAAGUCUUCCUCGAGCAAGGGACCCCGAAAGAGCAAGUCUAGCGUCGCUCUUGACCCAUCGGAAGUGUCUGUCCUGGUCGGGUCUGAGCAAUAUCCUAAUGCGACAUCUGUCGCGCCCGUCUCGCCUACACAGCGCCCCUCGCGAAUGAACCUCAAAUUCAAGGGCAAGAACCUCCUCACUUCGCAGUCCACUCCACAAGACCACUCCUCACCAAGCAACGACCCCACCACCGCCAAACCGCACUUCUCAACUCUAAGUCCAGCAGUCAGUCGUGCCUACCCCACCUCAGCUUCACCCAACAUGGAAAGCAAGUUUGGCAGGUCACGAUCGGGAACGAUGAUGAGUAUGAACAAGCAUGGCAAGAGGAGUCGCGCGGGCACGAUUGUCGAGAGGAUUUGGCCAUUUGGAUCUAGUGGAAAUGGUAAUGGAAAUGCAAAUGGGACUGGCAGUGCUGCUGCUGCUGGUGCUGGUGCUGGUGCUACUGGGACUGGGCAAGAGACGGGAGAAGGCGCUGCAAGCGAGGCAGCAUUGCCUCCAUUGUCCGGACGUCGAUAA